GAUGGUAUGUAUUGGACAAGUGGUUUCAGAUAAAUAUCUACAUACUCCGAUAGUCUGACGGUGGGACCCUCACAUCCUGAGAUAAUUGGUCUUCCCGGUACGUCAGGUUUGUGUACUUUAGGAAGCAGGUAUAAUGUAGGCUUCCUAAGGAUUGGUUCAUCAAUAGAUAGGAAUUUAAAUGUUGUGUAGUCAAUAAAUUGAUCUGUGAAAAAUGUUUUCACGAUCUUGUUCAAUUUAGUAACCAGUUGUGGGAAUGAGUCUGUUUCGAUAAGUUUGUAGUUUCGUUUGUCGUUUAGUUGUUUAUUCGCCUCGGCUAUAUAAGAUUCUCUCGGCCAGAUAACUAUAGCGCCCCCUUUGUCGGCGGGUUUCACUAUAACUUGUUCGCUGUUGCGGAGGUUCUUUAUAGCCUGUUUUUCUGCAUUAGAGAGGUUGUUAUUUAGCCUAGUGGUUUUGUUGUCUUUGUUUUGCCCGUGAGAGGUUUUGAGUUCGAGUAAAAUACGAGGCAUGUAUUCCAGAAGGUUAGUAUUGUCAGGUAGUGGUGGUGUGAAGUCACUUUUUGCUUUGAAUGGAUGUCUUAUAUGAUUGUUGUUCGAGAGUCGGUAAUGGUAUUGAAGGUACAUGUUUCUUUGGUAUUGUAGGUAUGAUGUGUAGACAGAUUGGUAGCCAACCGGUUUAGGUUGGGGGACAAAUUUAAGUCCCUUGUUAAGUAUGCUUUUAGUAGCAUCAGAGAUAUGUGUAUUUGAUAAGUUAAUUAUAUUAUCCCCUGCCUUUUGUUUUUGGAUUUUAUUGAGCAGUUGUUUUUUUGUUUUGUGUCUGUUCCCAUUUUGGUUUCGUUUCUUCUGUAGAUGUGCUAGUAGUUUUGGUUUGGUUAUUGUUAUUUUCUGUUGUUGUUGGUCCUUUGUUUGUCCUGAAGAUAGUCCAGGAUGUGUCUUGGUCGGAUAAAAUUAUGAAUCUGUUGUUGGAUGUGAUUUGAUAGUAAUGGUUGUGUUAUGAUUUUUGUUCUCGGCGAGAAGUUGGGUCUUGUUGUUGUAGCUGUUGGUGUUAGUGAGUAUCGGGUUUGUUGUAAUAGUGGGUUAAUUGGUAUUGGUGAAAGUGUUGGUGUGUUGGGUCUAUAAUGGAAGUUAGGUCGUGUUGUUGUGGGUUGUUGCGAAGAAUGUGCGGUCUGUUAAAUGUAGUGGCGUUUUUUGCGUUAAGUUUUGUAGGUCUGUGUCGCUGUCAUUGUCCGUUUGUGAAUUGUCCGUUUGUGAAUUAUCCAAAUUUUGUUGUGUACUGUCGUUCGUUAAUGGAUCGUUCUCGUUCGUGUUUAGUUUAUUUAUAGUAUCUGUUUUUGUCAACCCUCUCCUUGUCAAGGACAGGGCGUCCAUUUGCAGUUGGCAAAUGUCAUCGUUUGUGUCUAGUAGUCAUAAAGUUAGUGCAAUAUGUUGCCAUGUUUUGUUUGGGUGUAUGUAUGUUACCCGUAGUGUGCUGUGCAGUAUGUGCCUGUAUUGUAGUGGUAGUAUGUGCUUGUUUAUUGUUGCUGUCUUGUCGUUUGCCUAUAAGUCUUUUAAUGUUUUUGUUUGGUUUGUAGCGGUGGGGUGCUGUGUUUUGACAUCCAUCUUGCCGAGAAACGUUGGCUUAUUUCGUCUGUUCGCUUUAGUAUUUCUGUUGUUUUUGUACUGUCGGUUAUGUUGUCCCUCAUUCGUUCUGUGGCGUGUGUUAUUUUGGUUUCUAUAUUUGUAAGUUUCUGUUUGUGUUGUUCCAGUAAGAUGUCGAGUUGUUUGCAGGCGGCAUCUCUGGAUGCUUGCACCCAGCGUUUACGGAGGUCAUCGUCUAGUAUGAUGUGGCAGUCCAUUGUUUUGUUUAAGUUGUUGGGUAGCGUUCCGUCUGUUUUGUGGGUCGUGAGGUUUUCCAGUGUUGUUUUCGUCUUAAUUUGUUUUUCUUUUAGGUUGUUUAGGCUUUGAAAAGUUGUGUGUAGAUGCGUCGGGAUAGUUGAGAGUAGUCUGUAUGUCGAAGAAGAUGUUUCUGUAUUGUCGUUCUCUUUGUCAGUAUUGUAGUCAGGGGUAUUGUUUGGUUGGUCUAGAGUGAUUGCGUUGGGUUGGUUUCUGUCAGUUCGAGGUGUUUUUUGCGUUAAGUUUUGUAGGCCAGUGUCGCUGUCAUUGUUCGUUUGUGAAUUGUCUGUUUGUGAAUUAUCCCAAUUUUGUUGUGUACUGUCGUUCAUUAAUGGAUCGUUCUCGUUUGUGUUUAGUUUAUUUAUAGUAUCCGUUUUUGUCGACCCUCUCCUUGUCAAGGACAGGACGUCCAUUUGCAGUUGGCAAAUGUCGUCGUUUGUGUCUAGUAGUUUCGUGAUUUGUGCGUCACUGUAAUUGUAUACUAUGGUUUCUGUCUGUGUAUCACUGGUGUAUAUGCCGUGCUCUAAAUCCAUCAGGUCGUUUAUAUCAUUGUUGUUUGGGUUAUCCGUAUCUGUGUCCAUAUCCAUGCCAGUUUCCAUUGCCUUUAAAGGUACCACUAUAUGUGGACAGUUCAAAUUGUUAUGUUUAUGCCUAUCAUUUAACCUAUGACUAUGUGUGUUGGCUUGUGCGAAGAUUUUGUAGUGUUGACAAAAUGAAAUCAAUUAUAAUUACAAUAAUUGUUAAACUAUGAGUUGUGUAAUAAUCUUGUAGUGGGCCAUUUGUAUAAUUAUACUGAGUGGUUUAUUCUAACUUAAUUGUAUAAUAUGCUCGAUAAUGGAAUUUUAUCCUACUCAUGCAUGUAUCAGUUGGUGGCUAACUUAAUAAUUGUUGUGGUGAUAUUUAGACUCGUGAAAUACAUACAAUUAAUUGGUGUUGAAUAGUUCAAUAUAUGUUGUAUUGUGCAUGCAUGCAUGUAUGUACAGUGCUUCUAAUAAACAGAUAAAGACAUUAAGUCCGCGUGUGUAUGGGUUGUUUUGUUCUGUACAUGUGUUCGGUCUAGAAAACUGUCAUGUAGAGGGAGCCUGGUGAAGCUGUGCUUUCCGUUCCAUAUGAGUGUAACUCGCAAUAUUUUAAUUUUGGAAUAGGUAAUAGGACCUAUACAUGCGUCUUGGACCUGUUUGCUUCUAAUCAUUAUUUAUCUAAUGGAUUUCUUUUAUAUUCAACAGGGUCUUGAAAGUAGACCAUGCCGCAAAAUAUUGUAUAAAAGGUGCACGCGUAUUAUGCGUGCAUUGUAUUUUAAUUUUGGGAUAGGUAAUAGGACCUCUACAUGCGUCUUGGACCUGUGGUGUACGUAUAAUCAUCAUUUAUCUAAUGGAUUACUGAUAUUUUCAACGGGGUCUUGAAAGUAGACCAUGCUGUUGAAAUAUUGUAUAAAAGGUGCAUGCAUUGUUUUGUGUCUCUUUAUGUCAUUCCAUUGUAGAAAUAUCGUAAUUGAAGUUAGCAUGUGCUGUAUGUAAAGUUAUUACUUGGUAAUUGAUAGGUGUAAUUUGAUGAUGCACAUGAAUUUAUCACAGGGUCGGAUUUGACCAUACUGCGAUGUUGUAAAUUAGGAAUUGGUAACAAAACUUGUGAUUUUGCGUUGUGUAAUUUUCCUGUAUCUCAUUUGAGUAAAUGGUUUCCUUAAAUAUAUCUUCACAGGGUCUGGAAAGUAGACCAUGCAGUGAGAUAUUGUAAGCUUGGUCCUAGCAGAUGCGAAAAAGAAACGACGAAGGCUUGAACGUAAGUGGCGCUCAAAUGGACUGAUUGCAAUAGAGCAAACUGUCUAGCUCAGUGUGAUGUUGUUAACAAAAUGCUACAUAAGGCGAGAGAAGAAUACUACUCCACCAUCAUACGUGAUAACGCACAUGAUCAGAGAGUACUUUUUCAAACAGUGGGGAAGUUGUUACAAAAAGUCGGAUAGACGUUAUCCUUUGGCAAAUAGUGAUCGCGAGCUCGCUGAUGCAUUUGCUGAUUAUUUUGUCACUAAUAUUGAUGGUGUUCGACAGGACGUAUUAGCCAGAAAGAACAUGGCUGGGAACUCCACAAGUGAAAUUACAAAGUUACUUGUACUUCGAAUUUUAGCUCCUUCGAUAUGCUAACUGAAGAUGUCGUGAACUUGAUUGAUGAGACGACCAUUAAAUCUUGCUGUCUUGAUCCUGUUCCAGCGAUUAUCAUGAAGAAAUGUUACAUGACCUUAGUCCCACUGUUUAGAAGAAUCAUAAAUUUGUCCUUGUCACUGGGUGCAAUGCCUGAAGAUCUGAAGAUUGCGAUCCUAUCACCCCUGUUAAAAAAGUCCAAUAUUGAUUUUGAAUGUUUUACCAAUUUUCGGCCAGUUUCAAACUUGAAUUUUUUAUCUAAACUCAUCAAGAAAAGUGUUUUGGGUCAGUUGAAUAAUUACCUUGUAGAAAAUUAUGUUCAUGAGCAAUAUCAGUCUGCAUAUAAAGCUUUCCAUAGUACAGAGACGGCGUUAGUAAAGAUUACCAAUGACAUUUUAUUAUCUUUGGAUAGAGGUGAGCAUGUUUUUCUUCUAUUAUUGGAUCUAUCAGGAGCAUUUGAUACUGUCAGUCACUCCUUGCUGUUAUCACGGAUGGAGAAACGGUUUGGCAUUAGUGGAAUUGUGCUAAAGUGGUUUGAAUCUUACCUAUCUAAUAGGAGCCAGUUUGUGAAUAUUAAUGGUACGAGAUCUGCAACUCAUGACGUAAACAUUGGAGUUCCUCAGGGUUCAGUCUUGGGCCCUUUAUUGUAUCUUAUCUACACUUCACCCCUAUCAACAGAUAUAACCUGAAGUAUCAUUUGUUUGCAGACGAUACACAGAUCUAUAUCUCCUUUAAUACCACAGACGUUGCUACAUCCAAACAACGCGUUGAGGACUGUGUAGCUGAAAUUUGUCAUUGGAUGAAUAGUAAUGAGCUUAAACUCAAUCAUGAUAUGUUGAUACAUUCAAGGUACCAUAAUAAACCACCUGUUGAUGAUUUUAACAUUGAACUUGAGAAAGUGCCUAUUACUGCUGCAUUAGUUAAAAGUUUGGGUGUUGGUUUCGAUGAGCACAUGAUGUUUGAUAGCUAUGUUGCUAUAAAUGUAAAUCUUCCUUUUACCAUCUGA